AUGGCGUUUAAUCGCUUCGAAUCAACAAAGCCGUUUGAAUUCCCAACAGCUUGCUUUAGGAAAAUGCGCUGUUGUGCAUGCCUUGGGUUGUUUCUCACUUGCCUGCUGUUAUUGUCGUGUUAUUCACAUGCCAGGUCGACAUCGGAUUCGUCUAUGCAGCUAGUUAAACGACGUAUGGUGAUACGCGUUCCAUUCAUGCAAAACCCAGACUCGCAGCAACUCAGCCGCAUUUUCCACACUUCAUUUACCGAGCAAAAACGAAAGAAACUCUACUCUGGUGAACGUUUUCGUGAGAACAGUGAAGCUUUCUACUAAACGGUCGUGAGUUUCACCUUGUAUGCGGUAUUUGCUUGUUCCUUUGGGUGAUUAGGACAUUUGUUUGUGGAGAGAAUAUCCAGAAGGCUGUCGGCUGAUUAUACUUGUUCCACAAUUUUCACAUCAAUUUGAUAUAGUUCGUUCUCGAACGUCAUCUCUUGCACCUCCGGUCUCGUGCAAUGUGCCAUGUGUAUGGUUUCCUC